UAUGAUUGAAACUAAAAGUUUGUUUCUUAAACAAUAGUGAAAUUGUGCAAAUUUCAUUGAUAAAAAACCGAAAUCAAUUAAUUAUAAACUUUCUAAAAAACACACAAACAGAAUAAAUUUAUUACACAUGUCAUCAACACUGUUAACGUUAAUAAAAUCUUCUUUAUCACCUGCUACACAUAAAAUGUUUACCAAACAUUUUCGCAGAAAAUCUUCAGAAAUGAAUGGGAGUUGCAGCAUAAAUUCUUUAAACCGUUCCAGUUGUAGUAGAAAAUUAAUCGCUACCACCACCAGCAAUACAAUGCCUUGUAUUUUAAUACUUGUUAUAUUAAGUUUAUUAGUUACUAAGAUAUCUGCCGCUGGUAAUUUUGAAUUAGAAAUAUUAGAAAUUUCAAAUACAAAUAGUCACUUAUUAAGUGGUUACUGUUGUGGUGUUCCUUUAGAGAUAAGAAGUACAAAAACAACGGGCUGUCCGCCUUGUUCUACAGCAUUUCGUUUGUGCCUUAAAGAAUAUUCCGCCGUUGAACAGGGUACACCCAGUAUAUCGACAGGUUGUUCGUUCGGUAAUACAACAACAACAAUACUGGGUGGUUCCAGUUUUGUAUUAAGUGAUCCUGGUAGAGGGGCCAUGGUACUGCCAUUUACAUUUCGAUGGACGGUGAGUAAAACUAAAUUUUUAAUUUUAAUUGAUUCGAAAAGAGAUUUAAAGAAAGCUUGCAAAUUAUGAUUCAGAAUAUAGUAAAAAUUAAAUUGAGAGAUGGGAAUUUUAUAAUUAUAAAAUUUCUUGUGAGCUUAAAAUUUAAAUUUGAAGUUCUAUAAAUAUAUUUUAAACGUUAUAUAUAAAUACUAAAGCUUAUUUAAGAAAUCUGGAAAAAAGUAAAACAUAUUUAAAGUGAGUUAUUUGUUAUCUUAAAUCAAACCAGAGUAUGAGAGAGAGAGAGCAAGGGUUGAAUAUUAUAUAUUUUGGCUCUAUACAGAUGAUGUGCAUGUGGAUGAUGGCAUGUGCCACAUUGUAGAAUGUAUUUUAAGUUUUUUUGUUUUGUAUAUAAAAGAAAAAACCUAAAACAAACUUUAUUAAGCACAUGCCAAAACCGCAAAAUUUUGAUAAGGACUUGUAAACAUAAUAAAGAAAUAUACAUUAUUUUUAACAUAUUGCGAUUUUUUUUAUAUACAAAAAAUCUUAAAUUUGUUUCUAUAUAUAUAUAAAUUUACAA